GUGGAGUGCUUCGUCUCUGAACGGCUCUGAAAGCUGCGUUCUACGCGGCUGCCUCGGCCCGGGAGGUUGACAGCUUCGACUGAAGCGCAUCGAGCGGCGACUGCAGCCCGGAGUCAUGAGCGACAGCGGCGAGCAGAACUACGGCGAGCGGGAAUCCCGUUCUGCUUCCAGAAGUGGAAGUGCUCAUGGAUCUGGGAAAUCUGCAAGGCAUACCCCUGCAAGGUCUCGCUCCAAGGAAGAUUCCAGGCGUUCCAGAUCAAAGUCCAGGUCCAGAUCUGAAUCUAGGUCUAGAUCCAGAAGAAGUUCAAGAAGGCAUUACACAAGAUCUCGGUCUCGGUCUCGUUCCCAUCGACGAUCCCGUAGCCGGUCUUACAGUCGAGAUUAUCGUAGGCGGCACAGCCACAGUCAUUCUCCCAUGUCUACUCGCAGGCGUCAUGUUGGGAAUCGGGCAAACCCUGAUCCCAACUGUUGUCUUGGAGUGUUCGGGUUGAGCUUAUACACCACCGAAAGAGACCUUAGAGAAGUGUUCUCUAAAUAUGGCCCCAUUGCUGAUGUGUCUAUUGUAUAUGACCAGCAGUCCAGGCGUUCAAGAGGAUUUGCCUUUGUGUAUUUUGAAAAUGUAGACGAUGCCAAGGAAGCUAAAGAGCGUGCCAAUGGAAUGGAGCUUGAUGGUCGUAGGAUCAGAGUUGAUUUCUCCAUUACAAAAAGACCACACACCCCAACACCUGGCAUUUAUAUGGGGAGACCUACCUAUGGCAGUUCACGCCGUCGCGACUACUAUGACAGAGGAUAUGAUCGAGGCUAUGAUGAUCGGGACUACUAUAGUCGAUCAUACAGAGGAGGGGGUGGUGGAGGAGGAGGAUGGAGAGCCGCUCAAGACCGGGAUCAAAUUUAUAGAAGACGGUCGCCUUCUCCCUACUAUAGUCGUGGAGGAUACAGAUCACGUUCUAGAUCUCGAUCAUACUCUCCUCGCCGCUAUUAAAGCAUGAAGUUGAAGACUUUCUGAAACAUGCCCUAUAGUUGGGAUAUUGAUUGUGGGCAAUAUUUUUUUAUUGUCUCCUGUUAAAAAGUGAACAGUGCCUAGUGACGAAGUUAGGUGACUUUUACACCUUUUAUGAUGACUACUUUUGGUGGAGUUGAAAUGCUGUUUUCAUUCUGCAUUUGUGUAGUUUGGUGCUUUGUUCAAAGUUAAGUGUUUUCAGAAAAGUAUGUUUUGCAUGUAUUUUUUUACAGUCUAAAUUUUGACUGCCGAGAAGUUUCUAUUGUACAAAUCUUCAUUCAAAAGGUUUUUCUACUGAAUUCAGGGUAUUCUGAAGAUCAAAGCCUGUGUUGUAAAUUGCUACCAAAUGGCAAAAAAAAGUGGGAAUAGUUUUUUGUUGGGUUUUUUUUUCUUCCCUGUAACAUCAAUGCUUAGCAGAACUGUUCAGAGUAAAUUGUUGGUAGUAAAUUUUAAAAGAAAUACCCAUUUGUCCUCCAGUUCAUUGAAAGUACCAUACUUAAUAUACUUGCAACUAAGUGUUAAAUUAUGCUCUGUAACUCUGUACUACUAGUCUUAUUAGAACUAAAGAUACUUCAAUACAGCAAAUGCUUAAUGCUUAAUUGUGGAUUUGUCUGCUUUUAUGUAACCUAGUAUAUAUACAGCAGGGAUUAAGAAGAGUUAGCCAGUGUAUGCCUUUAAAAAGGCUAGUUCUUGGAGAUUGUUACAUUGGGAUAAUGGUAUUUCAACUACUUAUUGGCAAAUGACAAUACAUUCCACCUCAAAUGUAAUUUUGUCCUAUGCUAUGUGAAAAAAAUACUGGGCGCUGCAGAGUACAGCAUGAAAGAUAACAGACUUCGCCUGUUCAUUUUUGAAAUAUUCUUUUUAGGUCCUUUGCUUACCAAAGGAGGCCCAAUUUCACUCAAAUGCUUUGAGAAGCCCUGUUUAAAUAAACUCAAAUGGAAGAAGAAAAUUUACUGCUGUGACUACAGUUUACAAAGAAGUAUAUUUCUGUUCUAGUUUGCUUUGUGGUUUAAAUCUUCAAUAAUUCUGUGCUGUGCCCUUAAUUCUCACGUCUGUAUCUGAGCCCAGGUAGUCUAAAUUUACACUUCUCCAAACCCCCACCCCACCCCCAAUAGGUAAAAAUUGGAAUAUGGAGCAAUUGAAAAGGACUAUUUGCAACUCUUUGUCAAACCUUGGUGGUGUGUUUUGCUGGACCUGAUAAAUAAAACUGGAGUACACGAA